AUGGCUGAUACCUUCUUCUCUUUCACAACAUAUUUGGAUGGAAUCCAAGAAAAUUAUGGUCCUCUCGAAGACUUCAGGAAAGAGGAAGCCCCGUUUAAAGAGAAACGGGACCAUUUGAUUGGUAUGGAAAUGGGAGAAGCUAAUCCUAACGAGUAUGGUUUUCAUCAAGGGGAAAUGGCUAAGAAAGUAAAUUACUUUUUGAAAGAUAAACUACUUAUACAGCACCAACAACCCAUUGAUGAAUUUCAUUUCAACGCUCUUUCCCCAACAACUCAGCCAAUCCAGGAAAGUGCAGGGCUUGUGCAUAUCCCAGCCAGAGUUUCAGAAACUCCUGAAAACAAUAAGCAAAUGCCACAUCCAUCUCCUUUAGCUUCUUCUCUAAAGCUCCUAACCAGUUAUGGAAGUGGGUUCAAGAAGUUGAAGGGGGAAAAGUUGAUCAAAGUAGAGACUGAGACUAGUGGUACAAGUGACAAGUUGUCAACCGUAGAAAUCAUGAAGGUGGCUGGAGCAAGGUACGUACAAUUCUCUACCCAGAUGUGUGAUGAUUAUAAUUACAUGGCCGUGCAUCCUUUCGGUUUUGCUCUUUCGGGUCUCUCCGACGAUGAUAAAAGAGAUGUAGAACUUGCGCACCUUCUUCUUGCUGCGGCUGAAAAGGUUGGAUACCAACAAUAUGAGCGUGCAGAAAGAAUGCUUCUACGUUGUGAAUGGGUUUCUUCUGCCAGAGGUGAUCCGGCCCAGAGAGUCAUUUAUCAUUUCGCCGAAGCGCUUCGAGAGAGGAUUGAGAAAGAAUCAGGAACAGUUACAAUGAAGGGGUUCGAGGAAAAAGAUGAAAUCGUUCAGGGAUUGACUAACACCCCCACAUUCCUGAUAAACUACAAACAGCUUCCUUUCACUCAAGUACUGGUAUUCACAGGAAUCCAAACCAUGGUCGAAACCAUUGCAUCAGAACGGAAGGUCCAUCUGAUAGAUAUGGGAAUCAGGUAUGGAGUCCAUUGGACAGUCUUGAUGCAGGCUCUUGCAGACAGACAUGAUUACCCCAUCGAGCUUCUCAAGAUCACUGCUGUUGGAUCAACAGACAUUGAGGAGAUAGGUACGAGGUUAGCCAGUUUUGCCAAGUCCUUGAACUUGCCAUUUUCGUUCAAGUCAGUUAUUUUAUCAGACAUGAAAGAUGCCAAGGAAGAACUAUUUGAAACAGAAGAGGGUGAAGCAAUCAUCAUUUAUGCUCCGUAUGUACUGAGGACAAUGAUCCCAACACCUGAUUCCUUGGAAAACUUGAUGAGAGUGAUGAGAAAUCUCAAUCCAACUAUGAUGGUUGUCAUUGAAUCCGAAGGAAACCAUAAUUCACCCUCGUUUGUGAAUCGCUUCACCGACGCAUUAUUCUACUAUAGCGCAUAUUAUGAAAGUCUCGAUACUUGCAUGAAACAGUAUGAUGAGGAUCGAAUCAGAUUGGAAACAAUUUUUGGUGAUGCAAUCCGAAACAUUGUGGCAGAGGAGGGUGAAGAAAGGACUAUUCGAAGUGUUCCGUUGGAUGUUUGGAGGGCGUAUUUCGGAAGGUUUGGAAUGGUGGAAAUUGGGAUAAGUGAGUCAUCUUUCAAGCAAGCUGGUUUGGUUCUCCAAAAGUUCGAUUGCAGGAGUUGUUGCACAAUACAUAGGAAUGGGAAAUCUCUAGUUGUUGGGUGGAAGGGAACCCCAAUUCAUUCCCUUUCAGUUUGGGGGUUCUGUUGA